AUGUCUGGGGUCAAAGACGCUCAAGCCACCGGGACUGCUUCCGCUGCUGCUGCUGCUGCUGCCUCCUCCUCCUCCAGUACCGCGCCUCCCGCUCGCGGCAGCAGCAUCACCCAGCAAACCACUGCAGUCCAAAACCAUCAACAAGAAGUUGAUGACGAUGAGGAUGAUGAUGAUGACGUGGACGACGAAGAGGCAGACGACGCAGCUGCUGCUUCAACCUCUACCGGCGCAGAUGGCCUGACCGCCAAGCAGCGCAGGAAGAAGAAGUCCAAAGCAGCGGCCAAGUUGCGCAAAAAGCUCGGUCUCGGUGGCACGUCCUCUUCCUCCUCAGCUGAUGCUACCGACGGCAAACUUCUGGCCUCCGGCAACUCGCGCGAUGGCAAGAUUAGCGACGAGGUCGUCUCACAGGUGCAGCAAGCUGUGCAAGCCCAACACGGCUCUGCUGCCGCUAACGCGGUAAACAAGGCCAACCUCGCCAAAGUCAUGGCCAUGAUGAAACUCGAACGCGAGACCAUGCUCAAGUCACAAGAUUCCAAGCAAAAAGCGCAAAAGGCCAUCGCAGACCACAAGUUCUGGAAGACGCAACCUGUAAUGAAACCCAACGACUCGCCCAUCGUCAAGCCGGAUGAAGAGGGGAGCAUCGAGCCCAGCGUGCCUCCCGAGCAGGUGCGACAGGAGCCUUACCCUCUGCCAAACGACUUCGAAUGGGUGCAGAUCGAUGUGGACAACGAAAGCGAACUGAAAGAAGUGUACGAUCUGCUCAGCGCCAACUACGUCGAGGACGAUGAUGCGACAUUCCGUUUUGACUACAGCCCCGAGUUCCUGCAUUGGGUCCUCAAGCAUCCAGGCUACCACAAGACGUGGCACAUCGGCGUUCGCGUCGUCUCCACCAAGAAACUCGUCGCCUUCAUCAGCGGCAUCCCGCACGAGCUCAGGGUGAGGGACAAAUCCUACCAGUCGACCGAGAUCAACUUCUUGUGCGUCCACAAAAAGCUGCGUUCCAAACGUCUCGCACCCGUGCUCAUCAAGGAAGUUACACGUCAGUGCCACCUCACGGGCGUGUUCCACGCCAUCUACACGGUCGGAUCCGUGCUGCCCACGCCCGUCUCGUGUGCGAGGUACUACCACCGAACGAUCAAUGCGCGCAAGCUGACCGAGAUUGGCUUCUCAGCCGUGCCGCACGGUAUGACCAUGGAGGCGCAUUGCAAACGAUUCGAGCUGCCUGCUAAGGUUGACUUGCCCGGGCUGAGGGAGAUGGAGGUGCGCGAUGUGCCACAAGUGGGCAAACUGAUGCGUCGGUACAUGCGUCGAUUCGACAUGGCACCCCGAUUCAGCGAUCACGAGGUGGAGCACAUCUUCCUCAGUGGACGCGGCGAGGAGGGGUCGUCCAAGGUCGAAGGUAAAGGCGGAGCGGGCGAGCAGAAGCGCAAGGGCCAAGUGACCUGGACGUACGUAGUCGAGAACGCCGAGGGCCGAAUCACGGACGUCUUCGCCUUCUACUCGCUCCCCUCGAGCGUGCUCGACAACGACAAACACAAGAGCCUCAACGCCGCCUACCUCUUCUACUACGCCUCGGACGUCGUCUUCCAAGACCAACCGCCUGCUUCGUCCAGCUCCGCAGAGAACGACGCUUCCACCUCGCACCCAACCUCCGAGCGCACCCUCGCGCUCUCGGCGGGCAAACACGCCUGGCAGUGCAACGCACUCACCAACCUCACCCCCUCGGAACUCACCGACGAAUCGCGCGUCUCGCCCUGGGACUCCGAACCCGCCGCGCUCAAACUGCGCCUCAAGGCGCGCCUCAACACGCUCAUGAACACGAUGCUCAUCAUUGCGCGCGAUCACAACUUUGACGUGGUCAACUGCCUCACCGUGAUGGACAACGCGUUGUUUCUGCAGGAGCAGAAGUUCGGCCCUGGCGAUGGAUUCUUGCGCUUCUAUCUGUUCAACUGGAGGACCAAGCCCGUGGCGGGUGGCAUGGGGAGUAGGCCGGGCGAGGCCGAGUUGGACCCCGUGCAUGCGUAUGCCAAGUCGAUGGCCAAGAGAGCGGCUGCGCAGGGCGAGGAGGAGGUCAAGGGCCUUGCCGAGCAGCUUAUCCGCAAAGUCGCAAUGCAGCCCGCACAGGUCGGGUCGGGCAACGGCAUCGUCAUGGUCUGA